AUGGCUCCACGCAGCCGAUUUCGCUUCACAUUCGCCGCGCUGAUUGUCCUGCUGCUCUCCCUGCCUCUCUUCGUCUCAUCAGUGACAAUCGACAACUCCCAAGCGCCAUUUCUGCAGGCUAUCCAGGGUAGCUGGGGGAUAAAUAUAAGUGGAUGGACCAAGGGCGGCCCCUGCGAGAAAGCCUUGGGGUUGACGUGCAGCGCGAGCGGCAUGGUGGAGGAGAUAUCCCUGAGGAAUGCGGACAGCUCUGCAGGCUUCACCACGCAGACUCUCCCUGUGGCACUUUUCAACCUCACCUCUCUCACACGCCUGAGACUCACCCACUUUAAUAUUCAAGGGUCCGUCCCUGAAGCCUUGGGCAACCUGCUGCACCUACAAGUCCUGGCAUUGUACAACAACAACCUCACAGGACCGCUGCCAGCAUCGCUCACCAAUCUCGACAGCCUCAGCAUACUGCAGAUGGACUUCAACCGGAUCACGAGCCCACUGCCAGAGCUCGCCCCAACCAUGGAACACCUCUAUGUCACACCGCACUCGCCGCAUGCCCACGCACGCACGCAUCCCAAUUUUCAUCUUUCGCCUUCCUUUGCCUCUGCUCUGUUGCUGCUGCUGCUGACAAUGAUGGUGGUGGUGGUAGUGGUGGUGAUGGUGACGGUCGUGUUUAUGGUCAUGCUUUUGGUUUCCAUGCGAAUUCAGCUGCGCAUGGAAAGAGGAGCAUGCGUCUUCUGGCCUCAUGUUUCCACCUGCCCACAUGCAUCCGUGCAUGGAAAUAUCCACAUCCACAUCCACACCCGCAUCCGCACAUGUUCCACCUUAUCUUCCACUUGCUCAUUCAUGAGCUCCCAUUUUAAUUCCACUGCACUGCACAUGCGUGCAUGGCACCACCACCCGCACCGCACCACCCGCACCGCACCACUUGCACCUCCCAUACGUGGCAGGAACCUGCAGUACAACCACCUCACAGGCACCAUGCCGGACUGGCUCUCCAAAUUGAAAGGCCUCCAGAACCUAAGCCUCAACAACAACAAUCUUACCGGAACUCUUCCAGAUGGGCUUGCUAAUCUACGUAGCCUCACCACGCUGAGGUUGCAUACGAAUGAGCUGACUGGAACCAUUCCAACGUUCCUGGGGGACUUGCGUGCGCUCAAGGACCUCACGCUGCAAGGUAACCAGCUGAGUGGCACCAUACCAGCUAGCCUGGGAGGGCUCGAUGCACUCAAAGACUUCAAGGUCCCUGAGUACCUGGCAUGUCCCGACAACAGCACGUGGUGUGUGGUGCUGCAGACCAACACCACGUCCUUCUGCCUCCACUGCACCGGCUUCUGUGCCACUUGCUCCCCAGAAGCUCCUCCCCCACCGCCGGUGGACCAUUGCGCAGGCGUUGUGUGCUCGGGGAAUUUCAUGGUGUGCAAUGCCGACACUGGCACUUGCUCUCGCGAGCUCCCUCCGUGGCUCGUGGCUGUCAUCAUUGUCGGUGCACUGCUCGCAUUCGCGCUGCUGUGCCUCCUUGCUCUGUGGCUCUACAGAAGAUUCUUCAGCAGCAGCAGCGACAGCAGCAGCUUUACCCACACCUUUACCCACACCAUGUACCCAACGCAGCGGUGGUCAUUCGGCAAGUCGUCACGAGUCGGGGUGGGCGCAUGGGCGGAGUCAGCAGGGCUGUGCAGAGAGUAUCCGCUGAAGCUGGUGCUCAAGGCCACCAACAACUGGUCACAGGACAAUCUGCUGGGUUCAGGGGGAUACGGCGACGUGUACCGCGGAGUGAGCCCCCUCGAUGGGUGCACGCCCUGGGCUGUCAAGCGCGCCAAAGUGCUCACCAAUGACUUUCAGAAGGAGGUGUUACAGAUGUCCUCGAAGAACCAUCCGCACCUGGUGCGGCUGCUGGGCUUUGCCAUGGGCGGCAAUGUGCGGUCGAAGAUAGAGCAGGUGCUCAUCUACGAGCUCAUGCCCCAUGGGGACCUGCACAAGUGGAUGGGCCAAGAUGCUGUGGCCCCACUGACCCUGCAGCAGCGCCUGGACAUUUUGAUCGGAGCAGCGCGCGGGUUGGAGUAUCUGCACAGCUUCGGCAUCAUGCAUCGCGACAUCAAGCCCGGCAAUAUCCUGCUCGAUGCGGACAUGCAGGCCAACGUGUCCGACUUUGGGCUGGUGAAAUUGGGCGAGGGGGAGCAGUCCGUACAGUCAACUCGAGUCUUGGGAACUCCAGGCUACGUCGACCCUGCAUACGCAAACACCAAAAAGGCAACCACCGCUGCUGACGUGUACAGCUUUGGAAUUCUGACUCUUGUAGUCAUGAGUGGGCGAGAAGCAACAUUCAUGGAAGGCAAGCACGAGCAACACAUUCUUUCCUGGGUGCAAACACGAGUGACAGAGAACAAGAUGGAGUGCAUCGGAGACCCUGCCAUGGAGGCGCCACAUGAGGUGGUGAUGCACGUGGUUCAGCUUGCCCUCAGCCAAGGCCACUGCCUCGCGUCCGACAAUGGCGCACAUUGUUCAGGAAUUGGAGGCAACACGGGAGUUGAGGGCGUGGAGGCGAUGAUAGUGUGCGUGGGCAUCGUGGGCCAGGCGAACAACCCGCUGUACCUGCAGAGCUUUUUGGAGGCGGACGAUCCGCUCAAGUUCCACUUCAUAGUGCACUGCUCGCUGGACGUCAUCGAUGAGCGCGUGUCGACACCCCGCAGAGGAGGUGCCAAUGAGCCAUAUCUAGGCUUGCUCUAUCCGACAGAAGACUAUAGAGUGUACGGCUAUGUGAGCAACACGCAGAUUAAGUUCAUAAUAGUUGUUGAUGGUCUUGACCUGAGGGAAAGCGACAUAAGAAAUUUCUUCAAGAGGCUUCAUUCUGCAUAUGUUGAUGCCACCUCAAAUCCCUUCCAUUUCAGCUUCACUCGAGCCUCCGUCAGUUGCUGCAGCUCCCGCAUUUUCUCUUGCUCCAACUGCUACACUGCCGUCACCAUGUCGACCUCGCCGAGCAGCACCCAGCCGGCGCAACAGAGCUUGCUGGCGAAGAAGUUGGUCAUGGGAGGCAGUGUGGUGCUAUGGAUCGUUCUAAGCUUCUCCGUUAUCAUCUUCAACAAGUACAUCCUCGACCGGCGACUGCUGAAUUGGCCGUUCCCCAUCAGUCUGACGAUGAUCCACAUGGCCUUCUGCUCGUCGCUCGCCUUCCUGCUCGUCAACGUCUUCCGCGUCGUGCAGCCGCUGCCCGGCGGGCUCAAGCCCGACACCUACUUCACGUGCGUCGUGCCCAUCGGCGCGCUCUACGCGCUCAGCCUCUGGUUCUCCAACUCCGCCUACAUCUACCUCUCCGUGUCCUUCAUCCAAAUGCUCAAGGCGCUCAUGCCCGUCGCCGUCUACCUCCUCGGCGUCGCCUUCCGUAAAGACGCCUUCCGCGGCGCCACCUUCGCCAACAUGAUGCUCAUCUCGUUCGGCGUCGCCAUCAGCGCGUGGAGCGAGGCCAAUUUUAACGCCACGGGCGUGCUGCUGCAGCUGACAGCCGUGGUGUUCGAGGCGACGCGUCUGGUGCUCAUCCAGAUCCUGCUCACCUCCAAGGGCAUCUCGCUCAACCCCAUCACGAGCCUCUACUACAUCUCGCCCGUCUGCCUGCUCUUCCUCUCCGUGCCCUGGUUCCUCGUCGAAUUCCCCAAGCUCGUCCCGGUCAUGGCUGCCGGCGCACACCCGAGCGUGCUCGUGUUCGGCGUGAACUGCUUGUGCGCAUUCGCGCUGAACCUCUCAGUGUUCCUGCUGAUCGGCAAGACGUCUGCGCUGACGAUGAACGUGGCGGGGAUCAUCAAGGACUGGCUGCUCAUUGCCUUCUCCUGGUCCGUGAUUGCCGAUAAAAUCACCACCUUCAACCUGCUCGGCUACCUGCUGGCGUUCGCGGGCGUGUGCUGGUACAACCACGUCAAGAUGCAGGAGAUGAACGCCAAGGAAGCAGCCAAGAAGCAGGCACAACAAACGGACGAGGAGGCGGGACUACUGGAGGCCUCGAGAGAAGCUCAAAAGUAG